AUGAAUUCUAUCACUACUUUGGAAGUUUUCACCGGUGAAAAUUGGAAUGCGUACCAGCAACAAUUUGAAUGUUUCAUAGUUCUAAACGACAUCCCAGAGGAAAAGAAGGUCCCAUUACUUAUAACAAAACUUAGCACAAACGUUUAUGAUUUAUUGACCACAUUAUGCACACCCAUAUCGCCGGUUACCGAAACAUAUAAUAAUAUUUGCGAAAAACUGAGAAAAUACUAUCACCCAUUAAAAAAUUAUGCCCUUUAUCAAGCAGAAUUUCGAAGCAGAUGUCAAAAACCUAAUGAAACAAUAGAUCAGUAUAUUAUGGAAUUAAAGAGACUGUGUAAAUAUUGCAAUUUCAAAAAUUUAAAUGAAGAAAUAAAGGAAAGAUUACUAAAUGGUACUUACUGUGAUUCAGUUAAAUUUGAACUGUUGAAACAAGCCGAUCAGCCAUUAGAAAGUUUAAUUAACAUUGGAAAAACUGUGGAGACAGCAUAUAAGCUGGCUUUUAAUAAUGAAAAAGAGCAGGAAAAAUCACAAAUGUUUAAAAUACAAGGCAAAUAUUUUAACAGAAACCAUAGUGUUAUAGCUAGGCAAAAUGUAAACCCAGCCAUCCAGCAGAGUAUCACAUGUUUUUGUUGUGGUAAAAAUGGACACAUUAAAGCACAUUGUACCCUACGAGAAAAAUUUUGCAGUGAAUGUGGUGUAAAAGGCCAUAUCUUUAAAGUGUGUAGAAAAAAUAAGAAAACAAAAGUAAAAAAUUUAAAUGUAGUGCAAAAAUUUAAUUCAGAAAAUAGUGAUGUAAAUUCGGAUAAAAACCUCCCCAUUAAAGACAUUGAAAACUUUGAUAUCUUCUGUUUUAGUAAUACAGGAAAAGUUCCAUCAACUACUUUAAAGAUCUUUGUAAAUGGAAAGGUACUAGAGUUUGGGGUUGACACUGGGGCUGAUGUAAGUACUAUUACUUUACUCGAUAAAAACAAGUUAUUCCCGGAGCUAGAGAUAAAAAAAUGUAAUGUUCUUUUUACUAAUUUUGACCAGUCUACUUCAACGCCUUUAGGAAUUAUAGAAAACUUGAGUAUAAGUUAUGGAUCUAUUAAAGUUAAUAAUCAGAAAUUAUUUGUUGUAAAAGAUGGAUUGCCCAAGGUUAUAGGUAAAGAUUGGCUUUCUUCACUUCAAUUGUGGCCCCCAAAGUUUGAACAAAGGGUUUGUGAAAAAGCGUCAAAAAAUAAAUUAAUACAAAACAUAUUUGAAAAGUUCAGCAAUCUUUUUGAGCCAGGUAUGGGGGUUUUUCGAGGAGAACCAAUUCAUUUUUUAAUUGAACCAGGUGUUAAACCAGUAUUUAUGGCUGUCAGAACUGUUCCAUUUGCUCUAAAAGAUAAAGUAAAAGAGGAAAUAAAUAGAUUGAUCAAAAAUAAACGUAUAGAGCCAGUUGAGUAUUCUGAGUGGGGGACACCAGUUGUUCCAGUUUUAAAACCAGAUGGAACGGUUCGUUUAUGCGGUGACUAUCGUAUAACAAUAAAUAAGCAUUUGAAGAUAGACCAUUAUCCAUUACCAACAAUUGAUAAUAUUUUGAUGAAAUUACAGGGUAAAAACUACUUUUGUGAAUUAGAUUUACAAGAGGCUUACUUACAAGCCCCAUUAGAUAAAGAAUCCCAAAAAUUAGUAACAAUUGUUACUGAAGAAGGUAUCUUUAAUUGUUUAUUUUUACCUUAUGGUGUGAGUACUGGUCCUGGUUCAUUCCAGAGGUUAUUAACACAAAAAUUGAAUGGACUAGAUAUAAUUGUUUAUAUUGAUAACAUAUAUGUUUAUGGAAAGACAUUGAAAGAUACAUAUGAAAUCAUAAUUCUUGUUCUACAAAGAUUAAAAGAUUCAGGAUUAAAAUUAAAAAAGAAUAAAUGUAAGUUUUUUGAAAACAAGCUGGAUGUUUUUGGAUUUGAAGUAAAUAAUAAUUCUGUAAAAAUUAUAAAAAGUAAAAUUGAACCUUUGUUGUCUUUGCCUCGCCCAAGUAAUAUAGAAAUGCUAAAAUCAUUUUUAGGGAAAGUAAAUUAUUAUAACAGAUUUUUACAAAAUAUGGCAAUUAUAUUAAAACCAAUGUAUGAUUGUCUAAAAAAGGAUAGAUUCGAGUGGACAGAAGAGUGUGACAAAUCAUUUAAAGAAAUAAAAAAUAGUCUGGCAAAUACAUCUUCAUUAUCACAUUUUGAUCAAAAUUCAACAAUUAUAUUAACUUGUGAUUCUGCAGAUUGUGGGGUAGCUGCUGUAUUGUCUAUAAAAAACAGUAAUAACAUAAUAAAACCAGUAGCAUUUGCAAGUAAAAAAUUAAAUGAUUCUCAAAUGAAAUACCCAAUUUUGGAAAAGGAGGCUUAUGCAAUAAUUUUUGGUGUAAAUAAAUUUUAUGAAUAUUUAUUUGGAAAAAAAUUUAUUUUACAAACUGAUAAUGAGGCUCUAACUAAAAUAUUAGGAACGAAGUAUGGAAUACCAAAAAUGGCAGCAAGGCGAUUACAAUACUGGUCAAUUUUCUUAAGUGGAUUUAACUACGAAAUUCAACACAUAAAAUCUAAAAAUAACCCUGCUGACUAUUUGUCACGUGUAGUUACCACAUUUCAAGAUGAUAAUUUAAACAACUUAGAAUUUCUUGAAAAUAACUAUGAAUGUAACACAAUAAAUUAUAUUCAUAAAUCAAAUUUAAAUACAUUAAAUUGGCAAACUAUUCAAAGCGAAACAAAAAAAGGUAAAAUUAUAUGUGAUAUUCUUAGAUACUGUAGAGAUGGCUGGCCAGCAAAAAAUGAUCUUGGUGAAGAAUAUGAACCAUAUUUUGUCAGAAAAAAUGAGAUCUCAAUGGAAAAAGAAUGUUUGUUGUGGGGGUAUAGGGUAAUAAUACCUAAAAAUAUAAGAGAUAAUGUCAUGUGUGAGUUAAAUGCUAGCCAUUUAGGCACCACACGAAUGAAAGAAAUAGCAAGAUCUUAUUUUUGGUGGCCAGACAUGGAUAAGGAAAUUGAAAUUAUAACAAAAAAUUGUAUUAUUUGUUUACAAAACCAUAAGAACCCAGAAAAAACCAAAUUAACAGUGUGGCCGCAGCCACCUACUGUUUGGCAUAGAAUACAUGCAGAUUUUUUGGGCCCUCUUUAUUCAAAAAUGUUUUUGGUUAUUAUAGACGCUUACUCUAAAUGGCCAGAAGCAUAUAUUAUGAAUAAAAUUACUGCACAAAAAACAAUUGAAGUGUUCAAAAGUAUUUUUGUAAGGUAUGGGUAUCCCUUACAUCUAGUUACUGAUAAUGGCCCAACAUGGACAAGUGAAGAAUUUAAAAAUUUUUGUAAAAUUGUGGGAGUAAACCAGACUUUUACUCCAACAUACUACCCACCCAAAAACGGGUUAGCGGAACGUUCUGUGGAGUCUUUCAAAUCUCAUGUAGUAAAGAUUGUAGAGAGUGGCCAUACGGUUGAAUAUGCAUGUAAUUUAUUCCUAUUUGAUUAUAGAAACACUGUACAUAAAACUACAGGCCAGAGUCCAGCAAAAUUGAUGUUUGGCAGAGAGUUGAGAUGUCGUUUCUCGUUAUUAAGACCAAACCCAGUAGGGGACAAAAUUGAUACUGAGCAAGUAAAGCUUAUAAUCAAUAGUAAAAAUAACUUUAAAACAUUCACACUGGUGAAAAGGUCAUGGUGA